AUGUCGUGUAUGUGUUCUCUUGCCAAAGAAUUAUUUGUUCCGGUUAAGAUUGAUGAAAAUGAUCUCAAUACUGGAGUAUUAACACUACUGCAAACUUUGAGACCUAAUUGGCCUAAAGAUACUAUUCAAUUAAAGUUACUUACUGAUGGCAUUACAAAUAAAUUAAUAUCGUGCCAAUACACAGAAUGUAAGCAGGAAAAGGACAUAGUACUUGUUAGAGUCUAUGGCAAUAAAACAGAUUUAUUUAUUGAUAGAACUGCAGAAAUCAGAAACAUCAGAACACUAAAUGUUCUCGGAAUGGCACCAAAGCUGUAUGGAGUGUUUGAAAACGGACUUGCUUAUGAAUACUACCCUGGACGUACUUUGGAUGUGACAACAGUCUCAGAUGAGAACAUAUGGCCCCUGGUGGCUAGACAACUGGCGAAAAUGCACAAAGUUGAACUUGAAAAGGAUAUACCAAAGGAACCAUUCGUCUGGGCCAAAAUAGAACAGUUUCUUACUUUAUUACCUGAGCCAUUUUCAACAGAAACCAAGCAAACCAGAUUCUCAAAUAGUUUCAAGUCCGUAACAAAACUAAGACUAGAGUAUGAACGACUUAAGUCAUAUCUCUCGAAAACAAACAGUCCCUUGGUGUUUGCUCACAAUGAUUUGCUUCUAGGAAACAUAAUCUACGACAAAGAUGAAGAUAAAAUACAUUUUAUUGAUUACGAGUACGCUUCGUACAGCUACCAAGCGUACGAUAUAGCCAAUCACUUUAACGAAUUUGUUGGUUUAACGAUAGAAGACAUUGAUUAUAACAGGUAUCCUUCCAAAGAGUUUCAACUGAGGUGGUUAAAUGUGUACUUGAAUGAGUAUUUAGAUAAUAAUAAAGCUACUGAUGAGGAAGUGUCUGCGGUAUAUCUUGACGUUCAACGAUUGUCAUUACUAUCCCAUUUCCUUUGGGGAAUAUGGUCACUUGUACAAUACGAGCAUUCCAGUAUAGAUUUUGAUUUUGCAAGGUAUGCAGAAAUAAGAUUAAAUAAAUAUUUCGAGUUCAGGGAUGCAAUCUUCAAUGAACUUAGUUGA